AUGGCUGACAUCCUUACGCAGCUCCAGACUUGCCUGGAUCAGCUCGCAACACAAUUCUACGCAACACUUGGCUAUCUCACAACAUACCACGACAAUGCCCCCACGAUACCACCGCCGAAUGUACCCGAUGCAGUACCGGCCCUAGCCAAGAUGACCAAGAACUCAUCAUCACCACCGGUCCCAGCAGCGAUCGCAAACAGAGUGGGGGGUGCAGCCACCGUUGCAGGAAAUGCAUCACCACCGCUUGCGCCUCCUCAACAACCUGGCGCUGCGCCAGCAGCAGCAGCAGAAGGUGGAGAUCCUAACCUCCCUCCUGCACCGGACUCACCCAGCACAUUUGCGAGUCGGCAGCGGGAGCUUGCGCGCGAUCUCAUUAUCAAGGAACAGCAGAUUGAGUAUCUCAUCUCUGUGCUUCCUGGGAUUGGCGCUUCUGAGGCUGAGCAAGAGGCUAGAAUCCGGGAACUAGAGACGGAACUCAGAGACGUUGAAAAGGAGCGCGCCGCGAAAGUCCGGGAGUUGAAGAAGUUGAGGAAUCGGCUGGAUGAUGUUCUCGGCGCUGUGGCUGUGGGUAUCCAUGGGGAUGGGUAUCCUCCAAAGUGA